CUUGCUCUGUGGGGUCCUGAUGCCUGUGACAUCGCCAGCCGCCCACAGCCCCCUGUGACCUCAUCACCUGGACAACUCAGCCCUGCAGGGCCGUGGCCACUCCUUCAACCAGCACAAGUGGCCGAGGGCCUAGAUGACCACCAAGCCCUCGGGAGAGGCCAGAGUCACCAGCAUCCCCACACACGGUGACGUGGCCGACAGAUCUACGGACAGCCCAACAGAAGGGUCCCAAAGCCAGGUUCCCCUCCUUGCAAGUGUCCCGGCGCCUCACAGUGCUGUUGGGUCAGCCGAACAGCAGGAUGUAGAUCAGGCCUCCACCGAGCCAGCCACCUCCGAGGCCACGUCAGCAUCUGGGGACACAGACACACAUGAAGCUACAGCAGAGCAUGACCAGGAGCCCAAGGAGACCACGGCCCUGCUUGCCCGCCCGGCCCCGGAUGCCCUGCAAAUAUCCGUGAGCCCCCAGAAGCCAGUAUGGGGCGGGCUGGUGCAAGAUUCGAGGAUGACUCCGAGUUCCGGGACUCUCCAGCGUGACUCCCUGGGGAAGGAAGAGACACCACAAACGGCAGGUGUCCCAGACAGGGAGCAGGAAUUAUCUCCAACGACCCCAAGUGCUGAGGUGCUGUUCCCCCGAAUCGUGGAGGCUCAGCCCUCUGCGAGCACUGCAGACGCCUUUGGCCAGCUUGACACUCGGGCCGCUGGCACCGCUGAAGCUGUGGAGGAGACACCUGAGGCUCCGGAGGCCUUGGACGCUGGCACUGAAGCUUGGCCAUCAGCCGAGUCCCAGGCAGUGACUGAGGGGGACUUGGUGGCCCGCUCAGGAGACCGGCAGCCUGGGCCGUCCCCUCCCUCCCCAGGAGGCAGUGCCCCGCCCUCGCCUGGCCCCCACGCGGUGGCCCGGGGGAGGAGGCCCCCGGACUCCAGCCUGUACACGGCCAGCGAGGAGAACAGCUACCUGCGCUCCAUGACCAGCUUGCUGGGCGGGGGCGAGGGGUCCAUCAGCUCCCUGGCAGACAUCCUGGUGUGGUCUGAGACCACCAUGGGCCUGGCCACAGGCUUCCUGGCCUCCGGCCACAGCUCCGUGACAGACCUGCUGCGUAGCACGGGGCCCAGCCUGCGCUCCGUCUCCAGCAUCCUGAGGAAUGCCAGCUCGGCCUUCUCCUCCGGACUGGCGGCGGGGACAGAGGCGGCCCUGCGCUCCGUUACCCGCACGCUGGAGACGGUGGAGCGGAGGACCGUAGAGGGCAUCCACUCGGCCGUGUGCUACCUGACCAGCCACCUCACCCCACACCGGGCCCAGGCCCACCCUAACAGCAACUAG